UAUAUAUAAAAAGAGAUGCACCGUGGGUCCCACAUCCACGCCGGGUGGGCUGCACCGAGUAACCACCAACCCUUGACCUGCCCAGCUCGGAAAGGCCACUCCGCCUCCGCCUCCGCCUCCGCCUCUCCAUCCAUCGCCGCCGCCGCGCGCCGCCGCGUGAGCCGCCGGGGGGCGGGCAUUGGAUUGGACUUGGGGUUAGGGCUAAAAGCAGCAGUUUCUUGUUUUUACUUCCUGGAGAAAGUGACGAUUUUGGUUAUUAAGCCAGUCGCUGGAUUACGAGGAGGAGAGGGGAUAGAUAGUUUGUGUCAGACGAUGAUGAUGCCGCUGCGUUGCCUCUCCGAGCUGGCCCGCCGUCGCCGCGGCUGCUGCCGGCCUGAUCACGCGGUUGAUGCGAUGAGAGCUGGGCUCCAAUGUUUGAUGAGCACUUGCUCCUCAACCAAAGCUACUGAUAAUCAUAGUUUCUCCAACACAUAUGCAACUUCUUGUGCUAAUUUGCCAGAGGUAGCACCAAGCGAGGCGCCACUGUCAGACAUGCUCGUCGAUUCAUUCGGGAGAUUUCACAACUACCUGAGGAUCUCCUUGACAGAGCGCUGUAAUCUGAGAUGCCAGUACUGCAUGCCUGCAGAAGGAGUUGAGCUCACGCCAAGCUCAGAGCUCCUGUCGCACGACGAGAUCAUUCGAGUUGCCGAUCUUUUUGUUACUUCUGGUGUGGAUAAGAUCCGGUUGACUGGUGGAGAACCAACCAUUAGAAAGGAUAUUGAAGAUAUCUGCUUACAUCUUUCUGGCUUGAAGGGACUGAAAACUCUUGCGAUGACCACGAAUGGGCUUGUUCUUUCUAAGAAGCUCCCAAGAUUGAAAGAGUGUGGGCUCAAUGCUCUAAAUAUUAGUUUGGACACGUUGGUCCCUGCAAAGUUUGAGUUCAUGACAAGGCGUAAAGGGCACUCCAGAGUCAUGGAAUCGAUAGAUGCUGCUAUUGAACUUGGAUUCCAAUCUGUCAAGGUCAACUGUGUUGUCAUGCGUGGAAUGAAUGAUGAUGAGAUCUGUGAUUUUGUUGAAAUGACGAGAGACAAGCCUGUCAAUGUCAGAUUUAUUGAGUUUAUGCCGUUUGAUGGUAAUGUUUGGAAUGUCAAGAAGUUGGUUCCUUAUGCAGAGAUAAUGGAUAAAGUGCGCCAACGUUUUAACGGUGUAGAAAGACUUCAAGAUCAUCCGUCAGAGACGGCGAAGAAUUUCAAGAUUGAUGGUCAUGCUGGAACAAUUUCGUUUAUUACAUCGAUGACACAGCAUUUUUGUGCUGGUUGCAAUAGAUUACGAUUAUUGGCUGAUGGCAACUUGAAAGUGUGCUUGUUUGGCCCGUCUGAGGUGAGCUUGAGAGAGCCUAUCCGAGCUGGUGUUGAUGAUGCUGGACUCAGAGAAAUAAUAAGCGCUGCGGUUAAAAGGAAGAAAGCUAAACACGCUGGGAUGUUUGAUAUUGCUAAGACAGCAAAUAGACCUAUGAUUCACAUUGGUGGCUGAGAUCAGUUUUACCAGCUGAAAGUACCUUGGCUCCUCCGUACGACGACUGUGACGAACUAUCAACAUGAUAAAAAAACAAAACAAAGAUUUACAUGAUCUUACCUUGAUAUGAUGGUAAAGUGAGGAACUCAAAACUUCAAAGGGCAAUACAUACAGUUUGUUCAAGAUAUAAAAAUGUUACUUGUGAAAUAGUAGCAGUUGCAAACCUCAGGCAGUUGAAAGUUGAAGCAUAUCUGUACUUUUCGCUACUUGUACGAGAAAGAUGUAUCUGUUGUAUGAUGUAAUGAUGUAAUGAUGUAUGCUCCUCAUAAAUCAUAAUGCUAAUGUGUAGCUAACUAUUCUUUUGUGGCAUCUUACCGGUUAAUAAAACGAAAUUAUUGCAUUUUUCUA